UGACAUUGGAGACUGACUGGCAAUGGGAGAAGAGGAGGGGAUAAGAGAGUCCCGCCAGUCCAACAACACUGCGUCUUGAAGAAAGAUCACCAGCACGGCAAGAGAUGCACUGUCCUGCCUCCUCUGACUGACAUUCACACAAGAGCCAGACUGAAUGAUCAAGGGGAUACGCGUGGAUCAAACGUCUAAGGAUUCCCCGUUGGAUCUAUUUCUACUGCGCUACUAAUAGACAGCGCUCACCUUUAUAAGGACAGCAUACGACUUCGGGGUUUCUUGUUUAAGUCUGCUUGAUUAGUGCAUAUAGCUCAUUCGCUAAAACUUGAAAACUUCUCCGUUUACAUCCUCCAAGUUUUGCGUGAAGUGCACUUUUUCUUUAUUCUCGUUCUCAUGAAGGAAAUCAAUGUAGUGUUAUUACUUGUCAGUGGUGUCAAUCUAUAGAGUCGACGUUUUGCCUCAAAAAAAAAAAAAAAACCUGGACAUUUUUUGUGCCUCCGGGCAUUUUUUUUUAAUUGCCAGUUGAUCUGCUCAUCAUAUGUCGCGAUACAUAUUUUGGAUGCCAGCGUGGGUCUUUAAACCUUUUAACUGGGAAACCAAUUUUUUUAAAUCUCCGCAAAUUACACAAAUUUGCUCCGCUAAUUUUUUUUCCGCUGAGGCCCGUCCCCUCCAGCAACAUGAGACUCAUUCCAUCACGACUGAGUUAUUUAUUUCUUCACCUCUUCGCGUUUUGCUACUAUGCUCAGGUAACCAUUCAGUCCCCGCCAAAUUUUACACAGCAUGUGAGUGAGCAAAGUAAGGUGACGGACCGGGUCAGCCGUAGACUUAUCCGGACCUACCAGCUUUACAGUCGAACCAGUGGCAAGCAUGUGCAAGUUCUGGCAAACAAGAAAAUCAACGCCAUGGCCGAAGAUGGUGACGUUCAUGCCAAGCUGAUAGUGGAGACGGACACAUUUGGGAGCCGAGUUCGAAUUAAAGGAGCUGAAACGGGCUUCUACAUCUGUAUGAACAGAAGGGGGAAGCUGAUUGGCAAGAGAAAUGGUCAGGGGAAAGAUUGCAUUUUCACAGAGAUAGUACUGGAGAACAACUACACAGCUCUACAGAAUGUGAAGUAUGAAGGCUGGUACAUGGCCUUUACACGCAAGGGUAGGCCCCGCAAGGGCUCCAAAACCAGGCAACACCAGCGGGAAGUCCACUUCAUGAAGAGGCUGCCCAGGGGACACCAAAUCGCAGAGCACAGACCCUUUGAUUUCAUCAACUACCCUUUCAACAGACGGACUAAACGCACCCGCUACUCAAAAGAGCGUUGAAGAAUGAAGCAGGAGAAAAAGAGUGAGACAGCAAAUACUUUCUCAAACUAUGAACUCUUGUGGACUCCUAAAGACGUUUUUGUACUGAGCAACAAUAUACCUAAUUUUUAUUUUAUUUUUUUUCAGAAAGAAAAAGGUAAAAAAUAAACAUCUCAAGAGAUCUAUUUUUGUACCCCUGACUUUUAGUACUGACCUGUGUAAAAGUAUAGAAAAGCGAAGCACGGGACAUGUAAGUGCUGACUUAGUGCGUGGAUUUCAUCCGUCUUUCUCUCUUUCUGGUUUUGUUUAAUUUGAUUUGGAUGGUGUUAGAGUAAUUUAUAACUCCUUGCAUUGCUGCUCAUUGGGACUUGAAGGGCCUGAGAGAAUGCACUGACAACAGAAGGCUGUAUUCGGUUACACAGGCAUCCGGGGCACCUCUCGACCACCCAGCGAUAAGAUACCCACCUCAUCUCUCAGUAACCUCUCUGGUUCUUGAUCCUGGAACUCUCUAGAGAUAAAACACGGUUAAAGCAAACAGAGCUUUAAAUGCAUAUUUAAAUGUGGCAGCUAUAUUUUGAUUAUUACACGUUUCCUACCGUGGUUUAAACUGUAAAUUUUCAAGGUGUAUAAAUGCAUUGUAUGAAACUGUAGGAAAAGCUUUUGUUCUUUGUUGCAUUUUGUUUGUCUGUUUUUUAUACAAAUAUAAAUAUAUUUUUAUUUGAGGAUGUGUAAAAUAAUUUUAAUGACUGAAAUAUUUAUUUAAAAACGUGUAAUAAAUUUACCUUAGGAGACUGAC